CCCACCUCCGCCCGCUGCCUUCUUACAAAAUAAAGCCACCCCAACUCUCCGCACCGCGAUUUAAAGCAGCUGCCGAGGCGCCGUCAGACACAUUCUCGCUCUAAAAGUGACCCAAAAUGACGAUGAAACUGGCUUACUGGGACAUUCGUGGGCUGGCCCAGCCUGCCCGUCUGCUGCUGGAGUUCACCGGCUCCAAGUACGAGGACAAGCUUUACGUCUGUGGAGCAGCUCCGAACUAUGACAGGAGUUGCUGGUUAGAUGUGAAAGACACACUUGGGAUGGACUUCCCUAAUCUGCCGUACUUGGAGGAUGGAGACAGGAAGAUUGUGCAGAGCAAUGCUAUCAUGAGAUACAUUGCUCGUAAGCACAACAUGUGUGGAGAGACCGAGGAUGAGAAGGUGCGUGUGGACUUCUUGGAGAACCAGGCGAUGGACCUCAGGAACGGCUUUGUGCGGCUUUGCUACUCUGAUUAUGACAACAUGAAGCCAGGUUACCUCGAGAAUCUGCCAAAGCUACUCAAGCAGUUCUCAGAUUACUUGGGGGACAGGAAGUGGUUUGCUGGUAACAAGAUCACUUAUGUGGACUUCAUCAUGUACGAGCUGUUGGACCAACACAGGAUGUUUCAUCCCACGUGUCUGGAUGACUUCAAGAACCUCAAAGAUCUUCUAAACCGUUUUGAGGCUCUUGAGAAGAUUGCUGCCUACAUGAAGUCAAACAGAUACAUGAAGACUCCCGUCAACAACAAGAUGGCCAAGUGGGGAAACAAGAAGGAGUAGAAGACCACAAGCUCAACGGGCUCUAAUAAAUUCAACAUUAGAGAAACAAU